GGACUAUCUGAAGUCCAUCCAGGAAGCGCUUUUCUGAAUGCUUUCAGUUACCAUCGAGAUAUAACGAUGAGAUAGAAGUAAUGUGAUAGGUCUGUGUAAUACAAUAUGCCAGCUUUCAGAAUAAACAAAACACAUUUGGUGACUUUAAGCCUGCGUUUUCAUGGCAUAGUUAGACAAAUAGCCAUAUUGAUCCUCAACCUUGUUGCAGAAUGGAUCAAUAAUAGAUGCAGAAUAGAUGCAGAAUAAGCGGUUUUUUAUCACCCAAACAAACUAGACCAUCUGCCGUCUAAUCCAACGACUGUGGUUUCAUUUACCGCUGAGCUAACCCCUGCAGAGUAAGCUAAUUUUAAAUAAUGUCGAAACUACUGGGCUCUGCGGGGGUCUCUGUGUUGGGCGACAAGUCUUUGGAGUUUUACCGAGAUCCGGUGGCUUUUUGUGAACAACGUAUUGAAAAGCAUGGGACACGGAUAUUUCAAUCAAGACUUCUGAACAAACCAACUUCCUUCGUCUGUUCGGUGGAAGGGAUGAAAGAAUUACUUUGCGAGAAGUCAUCUGUGUUCCUGAAAGACCCCACUGAUGUAAUGCACAACAUGUAUGGAGACAACAUAGUGACUGCUAAUGGCGAGGAAGCCUGCUUGCUGCGUCUGUCUCUCACCAACCUUUUCACAGGAAAGUGUCUGGCCUCAGGCUCUGACCUCAUUAACAGUGUUUCUGAACGGUGCUUGAAGGAUCUUUCUGCAACUGGGGAGCCCGUGUCCGUGUACCCCCUGUUUAAACGGUUGGGAACAGAACUGGUGUUGGGGCUGUUCCUGAAUGUGAACCCAGAGGAGACGCCAGAGCUUUUCCAGGACAUUACAGCACUCUGUACCCUACACUGGCACGGGAUCAUCUCAGCUCCAGUCAGUGUGAAGGUUCCUCUGUGGUCCUCUGGCUUUUGCACAGCGCUGGAGGCUAAAGACAAGCUCAUGGACAUCAUUAAAGACAAGCUGGAGUGUCAGAGACAGGGGUUUGUAGGUUCUCUCCGCGAUCUCCCUCUACCUGAUGCCAGUUGUGCCUCCCAGCAUUUGCUGUUGUUCAUCUCUGCUCUGAUCCCCAAAGCCCUGGCAUCCCUACUCACCUCCUUCACUCUGGUUCUGAGUGGAGCAGGCAAGGAGGAAAUUAGGAAUCGUGCGAGGGCAGACCCUGAUUACCUUUACUACGUCCUCCUGGAAGUACAGAGACUUUGGCCUCCGUUCAUUGGUGGAAGGAGAAUAGCCAAUCAAGACACUACUCUGGGAGGCUUCCACGUUCCCAAGGGUUACGCUGCCAUGUACAUCAGCCAUGCCAUCCACCGCGACCCGGAAGUGUUCCACCAGCCAGAGGACUUCCUGCCAGAGAGGUGGGGUGGAAGAAACGCAGGACAGGAGCACCUCCUCUGCAGCCUAGGCAACGGCCCCAGGAACUGCAUCGGCGUCCAGCUGAACAACGUUUUUCUCAAGGCAGCGUGUGGGUACUUACUCCCGCACUAUGACUGGGACUUGAGCCCCUACUCACAGGACCUCCAGUACAAAUGGCUGCCUGUGUCCCGGCCCACUGUCCCCCCAAUGGUGAGCUUCACUGGGCUGGAGCUGGAGAGCAGUGCCUCAGACCUGCCUGAUGGUCCACCCUAAAGACCAAAGCAUGGACACUGAGAGCUUUCUCCGCUAAAUCUACUGCCCAGCCUUUCUGAACUACCUGGCUGAACAACACCUUAUCAUCUGAAGCUGUGGAAGAACAUCGCCCAAGACCUGCCAGAUCUCUACAUUUGUUUUGUUUGUUUUUACAUAUUCUUUGAGAUUGUCUUUGUAAUGAAAAGCACUAUAUAAAAUACAUUAUUAUGCUGAUUAUAAAUUGCUGAUUUUUUAUUGUCAAUUUGCUGUCAAUGAUUGCAAUAUAGUUACAUACUGCAGCCUACAUUAGAUUGUUGCCCUAUUUUAAGAUUGUUGUUGUUGUUUUAUAUGUGUGUUUAUUUAACCUUGAAAAAAACCGAUGGAUGCUUUAGGACUGUCUCUAUUGCUGCACCGUUAGCCUGUCAUAUGACAGGGGGUUGAAACAGUUCUGCAGCAGCACCAGACAUCAAGGAAUGCCCUCAGAUUUCAGCAUUGCACCAAGGGCUCCUCAAAUGUUCCCCCUCUCACUCUCACUUAGCAACCAGAAGUGCUUAGCAACGGUUCGUCCUAGCUACUCAAAGGUACCUAGCCCAUUGUCUGGCUGCUUGUUAUCAUGAAGCUCUCACCCUCACACAGACAGACAUCUUCACAUUAAACCUUUUGUUUAUUAUAGUGGAGGGAACAAAUAUAUCUUAUGAAUGGCAAUGAAGUGCAAGCUGUUUUAGGUGAAUGUGAAUAUGUCGAUGGAUAUCUCAUAAUGUAAAUGUUAUUUAAAUGUUUUUAUAUGUUCAAUAUUUACUCUAAAAUUAUAGCAAUGCUAGAGCACUCUUAAAGGUUAAUUAUUAGUACUGUAUAAUAUAUUUUCAUCCAUAUUUAUUAAAGAUUAUGAUAGACUGAAAAUAUGAUAAUGUAUCUGAUCAUUAGGAUAGUAAUUGAGCUAUUUUUUCAGUAGACAGAUUGUGAUUAUAUAAAUCAUUACUUAUUUCUCCAUAUCAUGUAAUGUACUCUGUAUUACCUGGAAACACAAUUCCAUCAGAUGUCAUACUUUAUUUUUUAAAUGUAAUGUUCAUUUAAAAAGUUAUGUCAAAUAUUAUUAUGCAUUUACUAUGUACUGAUGAUUUUGUAGGUAAUAAUGUUUCCACUCAGUUUUUCUGUCAAUCACAAGUAGUAAAUCCCUGAUAAUGCAAGAUAUUUGAAUGUAGAAACUCUCACUUUCUUAUGAAAAACACAAGCACAACAGUAGCUCAGUCCUAGUUAGUGAACAAAUCUAUUAACGGUAAGAUAUGCUGCUUAUCCUGGAUAAUGUUCCUAUAAAUUCUACAGAAUACUAUUGUCCAGCGUUGCUACAGAUGUAGGAUCUUAAUUUGAGCCAGUUUGCUACAGCAGGAAAAUGUUAUUAUUUUGUGGAUUAUAA